CUUGGAUUCGAAGCUGCUAGACAGCGUGCAUGUGGGCGGCUACCUGCAGUUGCCAGUAAAGCGAUCGUACACCACACUAACGGGCGAGACGAAAACGCUGCAGCUUUGCUUCGACGAUAUCGAUCGCGUCAAUGCUUUGAAACGCGAGAUUGCGCGGGCCCAUGACCAGGCAACGACCGACGCAGAGGUGACAAACGCAAUGGAAGAGCAGGAGAAACGAGGCCGAGAAGAAUCUGCCUCUAAAGAUAACCACAGCAUCGGCUCAAGAGGUGAGAAAGUGAAUGGUCUUGCCGUCAUAACCGUGACAGCGCAGCAAACGGCAAGCGGUUUGACUCCUCAGGGUUCUCCAUGCAACAAGAGGAAGUUGCCAAUACAAAAGAGAAAGCGUAAACCGAAGAAAGCUCUGCAUGGCUUUUUCAGUGACAGCGAAAGUGAUGCCCAUGACGAGGCGUCUAAUGAUGGGCACGAACAGCCAGAGGCUCGUCGUCAGCAGGAGAACGGUGCAUCCUCACUGCCUUCUAAUGCAUGGCCAUCGCAUAAUGCGAAUCCAUUCGCGACCACGAACAAUCGUGCAUCUUCUAUGCCAGUCCUCGGAAACGUGGCUGCCGAGGACGGGGGCUGCGCAGAUAGUUGUACAGGGCUUAACAUGCUUGGGGAGGGUAUGCAGCAGCUUCGUGACAACCCUUCGGUUGCAAAAGCAUUCCGCGACAUGAUGGAUUUUGUAGCGGAGUCGUAUAUUAUAUCCGCAUUUGAUGAAGGAAGCGAAAAUAGAGCGACCUCAGAAGACGGAGGCUGCGCAACAACAACUGCAUCUUCAGCCUCCCCGCUGGGAGACUUGCGUCAUAAAGAUCUCGAAGCUUUCGCAAAGAUGCGCAGAGAGCGAGGUCCACAGGAGAGUGCAGCGGAGCGCACAGCAGGACGAGAAAUCUUGGUAGAUCUUCGGAACGGGCUGCAUUUCUUUGAUCCAAGGCUCUUUAAACAUGGCAACGCCUUCAAUGUCGAUCCGCCGAGUGUUUUUCUUCCCAAAACGACGAAGAAAAAGGCGAAAAAGCAGGGUGCGCCGAAGCCGAAAUUGUACCCAAGCACCACGAAUUUCAAUCGGCUUCGCGACAUUUGCAACAAUGUCCUGGCCAAGACUAUUUUACAAGUUUCUUCCGUAGAGGCAUCAAGUGAGCGGCGCGCUAUAGUAAAAAAUGUUAUCGAGAGCAAGGGCGGCAUGGCGAGUACGGACGCAAAUCAGAUGAGCGCGAAGGCUUCUCGGGCGUCUCCGAAUUCCUCACCGACGUUGUCUGCUAUGUCGUCAACAUCGGCGCCUUCUUCAGCGACAGCAUUUACACUGUGUGGCGGCUCGAAGCGCAUGGUCUAUGAGCCUUUUGACCGUCGAAAGAAGCACGAAAAAUCAGACGACUCGCAUGUUGAUCACAUCUUGACCUUGCACACUUUCUGCGACAUCUUUCUGCGCAGUGCGCGUGGAAGGCAAGUGUGCAUCGACAUGUGCCAACACUUCACUGAUUGGGGAAUCGGAACUCCAGACACGCUGAACACGAAGAGCCAGAUUAUCGCGACGGCGUCUGUGAAGCCGUUCCUUGACUUAAACUUCAUCCGUGAUAUUCGUGCGUGCGCACUGUCACUGUAACUGUUGAUCUCGGAUGAAUGAGUUUUGACCCCACUCGCAUUCAAUUUCGUCAGAACUGACUCCAACAAAUAGAAUAUUCAAGGGCAUGAAGAAUAGCUUCGUGUGGAAGCGCCUCCGGUACGAAAAGUAGAUACAUCAGUUCCAUGUAGAUAUUCGUAACUACAGAUUUAGGAUGUGGAGAUCUGACAUUUAACAAGAGUUUCCAGCAAGAGAAGUCAUUUUGCUAUUUGUUGUCUGCAGGGGUAUUCAAUCGAUCCUUGAUGAAGCCGCGAAUUUGUGGAUUGCUUAGUCGUUAUUGCUAUCUGUCCCGCAUAAUUUUCAUCCCUUCCCGCGCUGCAUAACUGCUUUUUUAAGCAAGUCAAACUCGGAAUCACGCAUAGCGCAUACAAGUACCACAACGCGCAUCUUCUAGAACAAGUGACUUGAGAUAUGACACAGUGGUUUGCUAUCCGAAGCAAACAGAAUUAUCGACGGUGCUACCUUUAUUCAGAAGCGAUUAAGAUUAAGUUCCAAAAGAUGACCAGUGCAAAU